ACUUUGGACUACAUUCCAACCCUCUGGUCUCUGAGGUCUUCACGUGAUUCCAGCACAUUAUUUUACUCCCAUCAACUCUAUUUAUCAACUUCCCAAAUCAUUUUUCUUUCUUAAAUAUAUAUCCCCUCAAAACAAUCUGCCACGUAUUCCCCCAUGCACAUGCACGUGUCAGCUCUCCUGACACGUAACUCAUCAUCGUCUUCCUCCACCUAUAACAUAUUCAGUUUUACGCUUAAUCUUCACUCUCAUUCCUCUUCUCGCUUCACAAGGGAGAACACCAUGAAACAUAAGUCUCUCGGUUUGCCGUUUCACGCUUUCUUCAUCUCCGUUUUCAUCUCUUUCUUUCUCGGCACUCAGGCUUUGAAUGAUGUGAACGAUGAUAUCUCCUGUGAGUUGCCUCUCGUGAAGAGGCAUCAGAGAACGUCUCUUCUCGAUACUGAGUUCGGACAGAUCUCCGCCGUUCAAAUCAGGGAUGGAACCAGAUUGGGAGCACGAUAUUAUCUUCAGUUCAUCACAUUGGAACCAAAUUCCGUCUUCCUCCCUGUACUCCUCCAUGCAGACAUGGUUUUCUUUGUUCACACUGGGAGUGGGAGGUUGAUUUGGGCGCAUGGGGAAGAUGAAGGUGAAAAUAAAGUGAGAAAUAUAAAUAUAAGACGAGGAGAUAUGUAUAGGUUGCGCCCUGGUUCUGUGUUUUAUCUGGAGAGCAGCUUAGAAAUGGAACGAGAGAAGCUCAGAAUCUAUGCAAUUUUCUCCAACACGGACGACAACUUAUUCGAGCCCGCCAUUGGGGCAUAUUCGAGCAUUAGACACCUGAUUCUUGGCUUUGAUGGGAAGACCCUGCAAUCGGCCUUUAAGGUCCCACCGGAGGUUAUUGAGUCCUUAAAAAGUGCAACCCGGCCUCCAUUGAUAAUUCAUAGAAUCCCAAAGGAGAAAGAUACCAUCCAUGAUCUGGAAUCUCGGUUCCUCAAGCUCGUUCUAGGCAGCCGAAGUGUCCCCUUCAAUGCUGCCAUCAACAGCAAGAAGAAGAAAAAUAGAGCCUACAACAUUCUUGAUGCAGACGCAGAUUUCAAGAAUUGUAAUGGAUGGAGCCUAUCAGUCGACAGGAAAGCCUUUCCUUUGCUCAGAGGCUCGAACAUUGGUGUUUUCUAUGUAAACUUGACAAAGGGUUCAAUGAUGGGGCCGCACUGGAAUCCCAUGGCCACUGAGAUAUCGGUAGUGUUACAAGGACGAGGAAUGAUUUCGGUGGUCUGUCCUAGCAGUGCAAACAAAUCCGAGUGCCAAAACAUGAGAUUUGAGGCCAACGAAGGUGAUGUUUUAAUAGUUCCCAGAUUCCAUCCCAUGGCUCAGAUGUCUUUCAACAAUGGAUCCUUUAUUUUCAUGGGUUUCAGCACUACGACAAGGAGAAAUUAUCCGCAGUUUCUGGCAGGGAAAAGGUCAUUCUUGCAAACUUUGGACACGCAGAUCCUGGCAGUGUCUUUUAAUGUCAGUAACGCGACGAUCGAACAGAUUUUGUCUCCGCAAGAGGAGUCACUAAUACUAGAUUGCACUUCUUGCGCUGAGGAAGAAUGGAUGAAGGAGAGGGAAGAGAUUGAGAGAAGAAGGCAGGAGGAGGAAGCUAGGAAGAGGAAGGAAGAGGAAGAAAGAAGAAGAGAGGAAGAACAAAGAAGAAGAGAGGAAGAAGAGAGGAGAAAGGAGGAGGAAGAGGAGGCAGCUAGGAGAGAGGAGGAAAGGAGAAGAGAAGAAGAGGAAGCCAGGAGGAGGGAAGAAGAACGGAGAAGAGAAGAAGAGGAAGCCAGGAGAAGGGAAGAAGAACAGAGGAGAGAAGAAGAGGAAGCUAAACGAAGGGAAGAAGAACAGAGGAGAGAAGCAGAGGAAGCUAAAAGAAGGGAAGAAGAACAGAGAAGAGAAGAAGAAGAAAUGGAGAGACAGCAACAAGAACAACAGAGGCAACAAGAAGAGCAGAGAAGACAAGAAGAGGCUGCAAAGAGAGAGCAAGAAGAGGCAAGGACACAGGAAGAAGAAAGAGAACGAAGGGCAAGAGAACAAGCAGAAGAAGAAGCAAGGCAAAAGAGGGAGGAACAAGAAGGGCAACCAGAAGGACAAGGGGAGAGACAACAACCGGAAGAAGAAAGGCAGCAAGAGGAGCAGAGAAGACGAGAAGAAGCUGAAGCAAGGCAGCAAGAAGAGGCCAAGAGACAACAACAAGAAGAAAGAGAACGGAAAGCCAGGCAAGAAGAAGAAGCUAGGCAAGAGAUGGAGAGACAGCACCAAGAGGAAGAGAGAAGAAGAGAGGAAACUGCAGCAAGAGAGCAAGAAGAGCAAGGAGACAGAAGAAGAUCGAGAAAAACAGGCAAGACAAAGAGAGGAGCAGGAGGGACAAGGAGGAGGAUGGCAACAAGGAGCAGGACAACAGAGAGGAGAGCUGAAAAGAGAAGCCGAAAUGGCAAAUGGCAAGGGGGGUGUGAGGAGCAUGGUUUAGAUUAACUACCAACUUCGCAGCGUUUCCUGGAUUUUCGUAGUCUUGAAUAAAGCUGCCUUAAUCAGUUUGAGACGUACUUUUAUGAAUAAACAAUCUGGUGUACAGUCCUAAGUUUUGAGUUGAUGUUCUGGCUGUAAUAUUUUCUUGUUUGUAGUUUUAAUUCAUCUUGUAGUUUAUCUUUUGACCAUUCCACUGCUAGAAGACCACCAGAAUUAGUGUUUUUUCUUCUGGUUUGUUGAGCUAUCAGGUGAAUAACUAGCGAGAAGGCAAUCGUUUGUGGUCAAUCUUAAACAGGAAGUACUAGGUUUUGACAAUUGGCAAACUAAUAUGAUAUGAAGGUUCUUAUUUGGGA